UUGACUUGUCAGUGAACCGAAUAGAGGGGGUGGGAAUAAUAAAACGUUAGGCGUGUCGGCAUCUGUUUUUUACGCUUGUUACAACGAGAAAUGCCAUAGUUUGGCAGUCGUCGUAACCGUUACAUUUCAGCGCCGUGAAAAGCAGUGUUUGCAGAUUGAUUCCUCGUAAAAGUGGAAUGUUAAUGGUGCACAUUAUCACGGCACGACGACGCGAUAGUGCCCCCGUGUGAUCACGACUGUGUACUUUAACGAGGCGAAUAUUUCUCAGGUAACACAAACGCGUCGUUUCACGUCGCGUUGUGUUCCGUCGCGUACAUGUCUCCGUCGUUCGUCCAAGUUCGAAGGAGGGUAUGCUCUUAUGGGGUAGCAAGUGGGCGGUAGCCUUUGCCGGGGAAUGGAGACGGAGAGCGUAAAGUCCGGGGCUAGUGAGCAUAGCCAUAGCCACCACAGCAGGAGCUCCCAGAAGCAUCAUCGAUCACACAGCUCGAAGCAGCAUCACAGGCAACACUCUCAUCGCACCACUAGGAGCAAUCGUAGCCAAAGGAAGGAAAGGCAGAAUUUAGAUGGUAGCGAAAUGGCUCCGUUUCAAACUACUGUGAACGUAAGAGGAGACAGUGCGGAUAAUUUGGGUCAAGAGGUGAUUGAAGUGCAGAUAUUGCCACAGGACGAGAAUUGGGGUGAAAACACUACAGCUGUAACUGGCAAUACUUCAGACAGAUCGGAGUCAACGGAGGAUGUGAGCCAUUGGCCGAAUGAAAGCGACAGCACAUUCGGCUCGAGCUGCAGUCGCUAUGUCGGCCCGAUCGUAGCAAUGAUACUUGGAAUAAGCGCCUUCCUUAGUCCUAUAGCUAUGGUUAUUUUGCCUAAGCUAGGAUUCUUUCCCGACCCGACGACAAUAUUGACGAUGCAACAGAGACUGCAAUUGUUAUCGUGCAAUGCAGAAUGCAAAGGUCAGCUGCUGGGGUUAGCUUUCAAAUUGGUGCUGCUAGGUAUCGGCAGCUGGGCAGUAUUCCUGCGUCCACGAGCGGCUACCAUGCCGCGCGUAUUUUUAUUCAGGACGGGAGUGCUGUUGCUCACUACACUGUGCAUUUGUACUUAUUGGCUUUUUUACGUUGUACAGGUCACCGAGAGUGCUAAGACUGCUGCCAAUGGCGAAAUAACAGAGUACAAAAGUUUAGUAAAUUAUGCGGGUACACUUGCCGAUACGCUGUUGUUUAUACACUAUGUCGCUGUGCUGCUUAUUGAAGUUCGUCAUUUACAGCCUACAUUUUAUCUUAAGGUGGUCAGAUCACCGGAUGGUGAAUCAAGAUCUUACGCGAUCGGUCAAUUAUCGAUACAGAGAGCGGCCGUAUGGGUCUUGGAGAGGUAUUACACCGAGUUUCCGAUUUAUAAUCCGUAUUUAGAAAGACUGCCAGUCUCGAAGUCUGGUAGAAAACAGUCGAGCUUCAAAUUCUAUGAAGUUGACGGUGGAGUGACUAGCACCAUGCAGCCACGCGGUGGUAGUGGCGACAGAGCGGUGCUGGCAGCUCAAGCGCGUCGUCGAGACUCCAGUCACAAUGAACGCUUCUACGAGGAACAUGAUUACGAGCGACGAGUACGGAAACGCCGAGCGAGAUUAAUCACUGCCGCUGAAGAGGCCUUCGCGCACAUUAAGCGCUUGCACUCGGAAGUAGAAUCCACUCCGAAUCCUGGGCCAAUGGACCCCAUGGAAGCUGCGCAAGCUGUGUUCCCUUCUAUGGCGAGAGCUCUGCAAAAGUACUUGCGAGUCACCCGGCAACAACCACGUCACUCCGUAGAAUCCAUUCUAAAUCGUCUUGCUCGUUGUUUGGCCCAGGAUGCAGCACCGCGCGCUUUCUUAGAACCGUUCUUUAGCACGAGUCCGGUGCUAUCGAAUGAAAAAGAGAGACAAAAGCGAUCGCAUCAUUGGGCCUUGGUGUGCGAGGGAGAGUUACCCUCGCGUCAGAUUGCUAAUGGUUGUGAAUUUCAGUUGAGACAAGGUGAGGUUGCGCUCCUAUGUACUGCGCAUCGAUUACCGCACUUUAAUCUCACGGAACAAUUGGCGCAUCCUAAAUCGAAUAAGUUUUUACUGCGACUGAAUUCGGAAACCUCAGUCUAAAGUUUUCUGCUUACUGAGAACAUAAAUUGUUAUAAAACGGUAUAAAUAGCAUUUAGACAUUUCUCGACGAAAUAGACUGAAAGAAACAUAACGGUUGAACAAUAACUCAACAAUGUUUUUAACAUUGUUUUUGAUGUCAUUUAGUUUCUUUUAAGAAAAACAAGAUUAACAAGAUGUUAACAACAUUAAUAUUAAUUCGAAUAUACUUUUGACCAAUUAUUAUGAGUUAAUAAUUAAUUUGUAUUUUAACGGAAAAUACUCUGUUCUUUUGAUCUUGUGACACAUAUAUACGCAUAUUUAUUUAUUCCAUUAUACUGCAUAUCAUGAAACGUAUUGAGUGUGGCAUUUAAUAUAACAAUCGCAAAUACUUUAAAGAAAAUGUAUAGAAAACUCUAUGACAAAAUAAUUCAUAAAUAAUAAAUAGUAAAUCAUAAAUAAUAAAAGUUUUUAAUGAGAAAUCAUUUAACUAUCUAUAUUGCAUUAAUUUGAAGACGUUUCGACAAUAAUUACAAGAAUGUGCAAUAAAAUGUGCAAUAAAAAAUAGGAAAUCCCUAUUAAGAAAAAUUCAAAGCAACUUUGACAUUUAACGUCUCCAUUCUCUAAGUCAGAUCAACAUUCGUGUAUCACGAUACUGUAAUUCUAAGUUUUUUUGUCUGAAACAAGUUAUCCAUACAAAGCAUUUCUUGGGAAAUAUUUGUGACCGUCAUACUAAAUGCUUUAACAUUUGUAUACAUAAAAGUAUAUAUACACUUUAAAUAUAUUUAAAUGCAAAAGUUUAAAGCGUAUAUAUGCAGGUAUGUCUCUUUUGAGACAAAAUAUAUUUAGGCAAAAGAGCGCAGAUAAUAUUCUUACCGAUACAUUUACAUUAAUUAGUAUGCAUUCCCGUAUAUAAUUAUAUUUGUAGUAUCAUACUUAUGUGACAGAAUAUGUUUUAAGCAUAUAAAUUUAUAUGUAUGUGUUCAUAUAUGCUUAUGCGCACAUAUAACAGCACACGCACAAAAACACAAUUCAUAAAUCUUAUAUUUUACUAUCAAAAGGAAUCUGGAACUCAUAUCUCUCAUUAUAUUGUGUUUUGCAAUACAACGGUACGCACAGUGAAUACUCGAUAAUAAUGCUUUUAAUUUUGAUGUUAUAUUUUAAUAUUUUUUUCUUGUAUAUCAUUUUUAUAUUUUUACUUUGAUAUAUGAUUUUUACUAGGUGUAUGAUCGAACAAUUAAUGGUAGAAAAUUUUGAUAUAUAUACACAUUUCUAUUAAAUUAAUUUCUUUUAACUUAUCUUUUAACUUUUGUAUUACUAUAUUAAGUAUUUUUGCGUUAUGAUUAAAUAAGAAUUAAACUUUAUUGGUAAAUUGUAUAUCCAUACCACACAUUAUGUAUGUCAAGUUAUUUUCUUUGUUUAUUCUCUUAAAUGCCUUGAGCAAUAUAAUAGAAGUAAUUUAGCAUGAAAUUAAAAUCAGUUUUUGUACACUAUUUAAUUUCUUCUUAUCAACUAUUUUUAUUGCAUAGGAGUCUUCCUCUAUAAUUUUCCGCAAUCUCAAUUAGCACAGACAUUUAUGAAUAAAUUAUGAAAACAACUCCAAACAUAACAUGAUUAAUUAAAUCGGAUUAUACGUAAUAUUAUAAUUUUUAAUCAUCGAUCGUUACAAUUUUUAACUUAAGGCUUCUGAAUACUCGCCGCGAUAAAUAACCGCAAAAUUAGUAUGACAAAAUUAUGAUAAAACGUAGAGUAAAAAGGAAGCUUGCAUGUCACGUUAAUUUUAUUGAUUCAUUGGUUGUUGAAGAAAGGAAAAAAUGUUUGAAGUUCAGAAAUAUGUUUGAUUAUCAUAUUUUGGAUAUAUUUUUUUAUUUUCAAAUACUUUGCAGGAAUUUUAAGCAUGCAUUUUCUCGCUUUUAACGUCAUCAAUCCGCGACAAGUACCUAAGAGCUUUAAAUCCUAUUAGUUAUACAUAUCCUAGUAUGUAUUUAAAUCAAUUUGAGCACGUAUUAUAUAUUAUUUAAACACUAUACACACACACACUUGCCUAUUCUGCGAUACAUGUAUAUAGUAAAUAGAAAUUUUAUAAUUGAAUUAUGACAUGUAUAUAUAUUCGUAUGUAUACAAAAUCUUUGGAUAAAUCGAUGAAGGAUUGCUUGAAUUGAAAGCCUUGAAUAGACAAGAGAAAAAGAAAAACGCGAAGUUUUUAUAUCAAAGUAAUAAAUAUUGUUGAACUUCUCUGUCACAUUUCAAGUUAUAUUAUUGUCAUUAUAACAGAAUUUACAAAUGUCCAAGUGUGAACUCUACAACACACAAGCAUCCCAAACAUCGUACACUUUAUAAACACAUGACUUUGUGCUUGUGGAAUUUCCCAGAUAGCACAGAGAAUUUAAAAAAAUUCAAAAAAAUUCUUUAGAGUUUAGUUCAGUGAAAAGAAUUCUUUUUGCGUUUAAAAAUGAACUUAGAAUUGGUGACAUACGACUGAAUUCUUUUUGAAUUUUCUGUGCUGAGUUUUUUUUAUUGACGUCAUAGAUACUUCGCUAUGUUCGUAAACCAUGUUUGUGAAAUCAUCUGGGCUUUUUAAACUACGCCGAUUUGCAAAAGCUCUCGACUUAAAAAAUAUUGAAGCUUGAGAAUAUCGAGUAUUUUAUUUAUAUUUUGAGAUUAUUAUUAUAAGUAUGCAACUUCGCCGAUGUGAGUAGCUUUUGCUAUGAAUGUUCUUUUUAAUUUUUUUUUUAAUUUAUGUGUGCUCGUGAUGACUGUGUAUUAUUUGACAAAUGAAAUACAUUUGAUGUAUAAAAAGUA